AUGAACAACUGGAUUGCUGCUGUGAUAACACUAUGCAUUGUAAUGCAGGUGAAUGGCGCUUUGGAUUUCGAGAAAACGCGCACGGCAUAUUCUGCAAAGGCGAGUGAAAUAUCUUUACAUUUAUUCAAAUGUUGUUCAAUAACCUACUCUAUCAAUUCAUUAUGUAUAGUACAUUAACAUAGACUAUUCAAUAUUAUUGCACAGAUCUUUGGGUUCUCCUGGGAGAACUGCGGUAAGCCAGACGACCCAGCGAUUCUGAAGACCCUAGCCCUGUCCCCGGACCCCAUCACAGUUCCAGGGGACCUGACGGCCAGUGCUUCCGGGACCACAACGGUCGAGCUGGCCGCUCCCCUCGCUGUUAGUACUAAGAAUGCACCAAGGGUCUCCUCUUCAAAUGAUGAAAUUAGAUCUUGAAUGCUAUUUGAUUACCUAUGAAGUAUACUGAUUUAUUUAGGUAACUAGCAGUGGUGGGAAAAGUACCCAAUUGUCAUACUUAAGUAAAAGUAAAGAUACCUUAAUGGAAAAUUACUCAAGUAAAAGUGAAAGUCACCCAGUAAAAUACUACUUGAGUAAAAGUCUAAAAGUACUUAGUUUUAAAUAUACUUAAGUAUCAAAAGUAAAUGUAAUUACUAAAAUAUGCUUAAGUAUCAAAAGUAAAAGUACAAGUAUAAAUAAUUUCAAAUUCCUUAUAUAAAGCAAACCAGACAAAAUCAUUUUCUUGUUUUAUUAAUUUACGGAUAGCCAAGGGCACGCUCCAACACUCAGACAUCAUUUACAAACGAAGCAUGUGUUUAGUGAGUCUGCCAGAUCAGAGGCAGUAGGGAUGACCAGGGAUGUUCUCUUGAUAAGUGUGUGAAUUAGGCAAUUGUCCUGUCCUGCUAAGCAUUCAAAAUGUAAAGAGUACUUUUGAGUGUCAGGGAAAAUGUAUGGAGUAAAAAGUACAUAAUUUUCUUUAGGAAUGUAGUGAAGUAAAAGUAAAAGUUGUCAAAACAUUUAUAUAGUAAAGCAAAGUACAGAUACACCAAACAACUACUUAAGUAGUACUUUAAAGUAUUUUUACUUAAGGACUUUACACCACUGGUAGCUAGUGAAUGUGAUUAACCAACCAUUCGUUUUUUCGAGGUAGGCAUAUGGUAUUGCACGUCUUUAAUAUAUACAUACACUACCAGUCAAAAGUUUGGACACCUACUCAUUCAAGGGUUUUUCUUUAUUUUUACUAUUUUUUAUAUUGUAGAAUAAUAGUGAAGACAUCAAAACUAUGAAAUAACACAUAUGGAAUCAUGUAGUAAACCAAAAAGUGUUAAACAAUUCAAAAUAUAUUUUAUAUUUGAGAUUCUUCAAAUAGCCACCUUUUGCCUUGAUGACAGCUUUGCACACUCUUGGCAUUCUCUCAACCAGCUUCACCUGGAAUGCUUUUCCAACAGUCUUGAAGGAGUUCCCACAUAUGCUGAGUACUUGUUGGCUGCUUUUCCUUUACUCUGCGGUCCAACUCAUCCCAAACCAUCUCAAUUGGGUUGAGGUCGGGGGAUUGUGGAGGCCAGGUCAUCUGAUGCAGCACUCCAUCACUCUCCUUCUUGGUAAAAUAGCGCUUACACAGCCUGGAGGUGUGUUGGGUCAUUGUCCUGUUGAAAAACAAAUGAUAGUCCCAAUAAGCCCAAAACAGAUGGGAUGGCGUAUCACUGCAGAAUUCUGUGGUAGCCAUGCUGGUAAAGUGUGCCUUGAAUUCUAAAUAAAUCACAGACAGUGUCACCAGCAAAGCACCCCCACACCAUAACACCUCCUCCUCCAUGCUUUACGAUGGGAACUACACAUGCGUAGAUCAUCCAUUCACCCACUCCGCGUCUCACAUGGACACAGCGGUUGGAACCCAAAAUCUCCAAUUUGGACUCCAGACCAAAGGACAAAUUUCCACCGGUCUAAUGUCCAUUGCUCGUGUUUCUUGGCCCAAGCAGGUCUCUUCUUCUUAUUGGUGUCCUUUAGUAGUGGUUUCUUUGCAGCAAUUCGACCAUGAAGGCCUGAUUCACACAGUCCCCUCUGAACAGUUGAUGUUGAGAUGUGUAUGUUACUUGAACUCUGUGAAGCAUUUAUUUUGGCUGCAAUUUCUGAGACUGGUAACUCUAAUGAACUUAUCCUCUGUUGUAUAGGUAACUCUGGGUCUUCCAUUCCUGUGACGGUCCUCAUGAGAGUCAGUGUCAUCGUAGCGCUUGAUGGUUUUUGCGACUGCACUUGAAGAAACUUUAAAAGUUCUUGAAAUGUUCCUUAUUGACUGACUUAAAGUAAUGAUGGACUGUCGUUUCUCUUUGCUUAUUUGAGCUGUUAUUGCCAUAAUAUGGACUUGGUCUUUUACCAAAUAGGGCUAUCUUCUGUAUAACCCCCCCCCUACCUUGUCACAACACAACUGAUUGGCUCAAACGCAUUAAGAAGGAAAUAAAUUCCACCAAUUAACUUUUAACAAGGCACACCCGUUAAUUGAUAUGCAUUCCAGGUGACUACCUCAUGAAGCUGGUUGAGAGAAUGCCAAGAUUGUGCAAAGCUGUCAUCAAGGCAAAGGGUGGCUAUUUGAAGAAUCUCAAAUAUAAAAUAUAUUUUGAUUUGUUUAACAAUUUUUUGGUUACUAUUAGAUUCCAUUAGUGUUAUUUCAUAGUUGUGAUGUCUUCACUUUUAUUCUACAGUGUAGAAAAUAGUAAAAAUAAAGAAAAACCCUUGAAUGAGUAGGUGUGUCCAAACUUUUGACUGGUACUGUAUAUAUAGAAUGAAUAGGCUCUUCGUGGAUAAAAAUGGUCACAGUGAAAACCAGUUAUACACACUAUAGCCCUACUAAAUAAGAUACCAUCAGUUCUUCCUGAAAAACGUACCAACAGGGAAUUGAAAGCUUUUACUUAGUCAUAUCAGUCUGUAGGCCUAUUCAGACAUGUGAUAGCCUGUUCCACUUUGUCUGUGUGUGUCUAUUGUUGGCUCUGGGUGGCUCUGUGUUCUUCUGGGUGGCUCUGUGUUCUUCUGGGGGGCUCUGUGUUCUUCUGGGGGGCUCUGUGUUCUUCUGGGUGGCUCUGUGUUCUUCUGGGGGGCUCUGUGUUCUUCUGGGGGGCUCUGUGUUCUUCUGGGGGGCUCUGUGUUCUUCUGGGUGGCUAUGUGUUCUUCUGGGUGGCUCUGUGUUCUUCUGGGUGGCUCUGUGUUCUUCUGGGUGGCUCUGUGUUCUUCUGGGGGGCUCUGUGUUCUUCUGGGUGGCUCUGUGUUCUUCUGGGGGGCUCUGUGUUCUUCUGGGUGGCUCUGUGUUCUUCUGGGGGGCUCUGUGUUCUUCUGGGUGGCUCUGUGUUCUUCUGGGGGGCUCUGUGUUCUUCUGGGUGGCUCUGUGUUCUUCUGGGGGGCUCUGUGUUCUUCUGGGGGGCUCUGUGUUCUUCUGGGGGGCUCUGUGUUCUUCUGGGGGGCUCUGUGUUCUUCUGGGUGGCUCUGUGUUCUUCUGGGGGGCUCUGUGUUCUUCUGGGGGGCUCUGUGUUCUUCUGGGGGGCUCUGUGUACUUCUGGGUGCUUCUGAGUGCCUCUGGGUGCUUCUGAGUGCCUCUGGGUGCUGUGUUGUUAAACAGGUGGAAACUUGCCUGGGGGAGGUUUGUCUGACUCACUGAUCCCAUGAGCUUCAUGUGAGCAGCUCACCACAUAAACCCCUGCUUUGCUGCACUGAUGGCCCAAAUAGAUAUGAAAUGUACAGUAGACUUCCUGAUUCAAUGCUCACCCUUACAAUGCAUAGUUCACAAGAGAAGGAAUGGCAUUGGCAGUGGUGAUGGCAAUGUUCUGAUCAAGAAUGCACCAAUGUAAUAUUGUUGCAUUUUGAAAGUUCUUGCAACAGACAGCUUUCACGUACUGGACAUUCAGUUGUUCCCAACUUGUAUUGUUUUAGUUGAUGCAAUGCAAUGCAGAGAAGACUGACUUGACUGUUUUACUGGAAAUCAAUCACUUAGAUCACAGUGUCAGAUUAUUCCUUUCCUUCCAAUUGCUAUAGCCUACCCCUAAUUCUCUCUAACAAUGGUGACAUCAUUGCAAGGGAAGAAUAGAAGAGUUUCUGCUUUGCUGUAAACGACUAGGGUGCAACGUUCAAGUCAACAAUAACCUGACAUUAGACAGGUUUCUAAAACACCACAGUACUGGUCCUGUUUUCUCCUCUUCAGUAAUUUGACCAAGCUUGGCGGUACGUCUGUAAAAUACAGUUUUAUUGACAGAACCUGUGAAUUAUAUACUUUGUUUUUCAUAACAUCAAAGUUUACCGGCCCUAUUUAGGAUGCACAUUGGCCAGUCAAACGUUGUACAGUAGUCGAAUAACAGCAUUUUGUCCAUAGGUAGACGUAACCUUGUGCUGGCCUACCUGGUGGAUAGGCAUACUGUUACUGUAGCCUACUAUGUUUUUCCAGACAUCCCAGUUAACUGGCCCUAUAUAUUUCUCUCCUCUUAGGUGAACGUGACGCUGGAGAAGGAGGUGGCAGGGUUCUGGGUCAAGGUCCCAUGUCUGGAAGAGAUAGGGAGCUGCCACUACACAGACGGCUGUGACCUGCUCAACCAGCUGAUACCGCCCGGAACGGACUGUCCUGAACCUCUACACACCUACGGCAUCCCCUGCCGCUGCCCCUUUAAAGCUGUGAGUCUAUACUGUAGUUCAUAUCCUGCCGCUGUCCCUUUAAAGCUGUGAGUCUAUACUGUAGUUCAUAUCCUGCCACUGCCCCUUUAAAGCUGUGAGUCUAUACUGUAGUUCAUAUCCUGCCGCUGCCCCUUUAAAGCUGUGAGUCUAUACUGUAGUUCAUAUCCUGCCACUCUCCCUUUAAAGCUGUGAGUCUAUACUGUAGUUCAUAUCCUGCCACCUCCCCUUUAAAGCUGUGAGUCUAUACUGUAGUUCAUAUCCUGCCCUGCCCUUAAGUGGAUCUAUCUGUGUUCAAUCCUGCCCUGCCCCUUUAAAGCUGUGAGUCUAUACUGUAGUUCAUAUCCUGCCACUGCCCCUUUAAAGCUGUGAGUCUAUACUGUAGUUCAUAUCCUGCCACUGCCCCUUUAAAGCUGUGAGUCUAUACUGUAGUUCAUAUCCUCCACUCCUUGCGGCACUGCAUCGCCCCUUUAAAGCUGUGAGUCUAUACUGUAGUUCAUAUCCUGCCACUGCUCCCUUUAAAGCUGUGAGUCUAUACUGUAGUUCAUAUCCUGCCCUGUCCCUUUAAAGCUGUGAGUCUAUACUGUAGUUCAUAUCCUGCCACUCUCCCUUUAAAGCUGUGAGUCUAUACUGUAGUUUCAUAUCCUGGCCCAAUGUCCCUUUUAAAGCUGUGAGUUCUAAUACUGUAGUUCAUAUACCUGCCCCUCGUCCCUUGUAAAGCUGUGGGGGUGGGAGUCUAUACUGUAGUUCAUAUCCUGCCGCUGUCCCUUUAAACGCUUGUGGAGUCUAUACUGUUAGUUCAUAUCCAGUGCCACUCUCCCUUUAAAGCUUGUGAGUCUUUUUUUUAGUUCAUAUCACUGCCGCUGCCCUUCUAAAGUCCUGAGCCAUAACGUAGUUCAGUAUCCGCCGCUGUCCUUUAAAGCUUGUGAGUCUAUACAUGUAGUUCCAUAUCCUGACCACUGUCCCUUUAAAGCUGUGAGUCUAUACUGUAGUUCAAAUAUCCUGCCACUCCCCUUUAAAGCUGUGAGUCUAUACUGGUAGUUCACUAUCCUGCCCACUCUCCCUUUAAAGCUGUGAGUCUAUACUGUAGUUCAUAUCCUGCCACUGCCCCUUUAAAGCUGUGAGUUCUAUACGUGUUCAUAUCCGGCCACUGUCCCUUUAAAGCUGUGAGUCUAUACUGUAGUUCAUAUCCUGCCACUGCCCCUUUAAAGCUGUGAGUCUAUACUGUAGUUUCAUAUCCUGCCACUGCCCUUUAAAGCUGUGAGUCUAUACUGUAGUUCAUAUCCUGCCACUGCCCCUUUAAAGCUGUGAGUCUAUACUGUAGUUCAUAUCCUGCCACUGUCCCUUUAAAGCUGUGAGUCUAUACUGUAGUUCAUAUCCUGCCACUGCCCCUUUAAAGCUGUGAGUCUAUACUGUAGUUCAUAUCCUGCCACUCUCCCUUUAAAAGCUGUGAGUCUAUACUGUGUUCAUAUCCUGCCGCUGUCCCUUUAAAGCUGUUAAGUCGAUACUGUAGUUCAGAUCCUGCCACUGUCCCUUUAAAGCUGGUGAGUCUAUACUGUAGUUCAUAUCCUGCCACUCUCCUUAAAGCUGUGAGUCUAACUGUAGUUCAUAUCCUGCCACUGUCCCUUUAAAGUCUAUACUGUAGUUUCAUAUCCUGGCCACUGUCCCUUUAAAGCUGUGAGUCUAUACUGUAAGUUCAUAUCCUGCCGCUGUCCCUUUAAAGCUGUGGAGUCUAUACUGGUAAGUUUCAGAUACCUGCCACUCUCCCUUUAAAGCUGUGAGUCUAUACUGGUAGUUUCAUACCUGCCGCUGCCCCUUUAAAGCUGUGAGUCUAUACUGUAGUUCAUAUCCUGCCGCUGUCCCUUUAAAGCUGUGAGUCUAUACUGUAGUUCAUAUCCUGCCACUCUCCCUUUAAAGCUGUGAGUCUAUACUGUAGUUCAUAUCCUGCCACUCUCCCUUUAAAGCUGUGAGUCUAUACUGUAGUUCAUAUCCUGCCACUCUCCCUUUAAAGCUGUGAGUCUAUACUGUAGUUCAUAUCCUGCCACUCUCCCUUUAAAGCUGUGAGUCUAUACUGUAGUUCAUAUCCUGCCACUCUCCCUUUAAAGCUGUGAGUCUAUACUGUAGUUCAUAUCCUGCCACUGUCCCUUUAAAGCUGUGAGUCUAUACUGUAGUUCAUAUCCUGCCACUCUCCCUUUAAAGCUGUGAGUCUAUACUGUAGUUCAUAUCCUGCCACUGCCCCUUUAAAGCUGUGAGUCUAUACUGUAGUUCAUAUCCUGCCACUCUCCCUUUAAAGCUGUGAGUCUAUACUGUAGUUCAUAUCCUGCCACUCUCCCUUUAAAGCUGUGAGUCUAUACUGUAGUUCUGUCAAUGUUCUUCCAUUUGGUGCCUUUUGAACACAACCUUUCUACAUGGUAUGUGAUGUAGAAAGUACCUGUUACUCAGUGGUUAACGCUUAGGCUACUUCUCUCUUUCAUAUCAUGUUCAGUGCAAUGUAAUGAAUGUCCGUUGACAGCACUGUGAAUGAUUGGUAACAGAGUGCUGCUUGUUGUACAGCAGCUAGCCAAACAACAAAGUUCAAAACGUUCUCUGAAUGUUCUGAACAUUUGCACUUUAGCGUUCUCUUGCUCAGUGCUCAUUCUGUUUUUCUCCAGGAUACGUUUUUCUGUUUACUCAAUGUCUAUUGUGUUCAAAUGACCUAUUUUCUCUCUCCUAAGGGUGCAUACCUUUCUAUACAGUAAAACAUGCUUUACUCAAAGGCUGUAUCCCAAAAUGGUACUCUAUCCCUAUAUAUACUUUGACUAAGAUGCACUACCUUUGAAUAGAGCCCUAUGGGCCUUGGUCAAAAGUAGUGCACUAUAUAGGGAAUAGGGUGCCAUUUGGGACACACUAUAUAGAGAAUAGGGUGCCAUUUGGGACACAGAGAAAGUGUAUUGUUUAAACCUUUAUUUCCUGUCUGUUCUAAGGGGGUGUACACACUACCAGAGUCAGAUUUCUACCUCCCUGACAUUGACCUUCCCUACUGGCUGACCAACGGACACUACAGAGUACAGGGAGUGCUGGGAGCUGUGGGGAAAGAACUGGGCUGCCUCAAAAUCACCUUCGCUGUCCACUCUAAUAACUAA